AUGGCCCUCACAAGAAUGUCCUUGAAAAAGGCCCCGGUGUCUCGUGCACCGCCGUCUUAUGGUCAAGUAGCAUCUCCAGUACUGGCUUCUCGAUUCUCACAGCUAUAUCACCUGAUUGGGGUUCUGGCUGUCGCUAUGGCUGUCGUACUUACCUUGUUUCUUGAAACCUCAUGGAUCAGUCGUGUUUUUUCGGUGUUUUUUUAUUCAGCUCUCAUUGCAGCUUCUUUUGGAAUUAUCCCGCUUCUCCGCAAAGCUCAGACUCAUGUCCGAUACCUACCCUAUCUUUCAGCCAUUGCAGAAUACAUUGAUAGAUUUAGAUCACGCGUCUUUAUCACUUCUCUCUUGGCUUAUCUCUUUUCAUCAAUCUUAUUCUUCUUUGCAUACCUUUUUCAAGUCUCUGACAUUGGUCUUACAAGUCCUUCAGCUGUCAAUGCCUUUGGUGUUCCUUUACUUAAUGAACGAAGUCUUUACUUUCAUCUAGUUUUCCCAGUGGUUCUUGGUUUUUCCGCAGCUGUUGUACACAUUAUUUUUGACGUAGACCGUCUUGACUUUUGCCUCAAAGACGCACGACAACUUAAACCCAGAGACCAGAUUAAAAAGGGCUCCAAGGCACUGCUUAUUAAAUCAACUCUUAUCGCCAUUGGUUUCACAAUCGGAACUCCCACAAUCUACGUUUUUGUUCGCCCUCUUCUCAUCACGGCAAUUGUUUCACUUGGCCUUGUGCGCAGCCAUUCUUACAGCGGAGUCCCCCUCUCUCCUGAAUUGCUCUUACAUACAUUUGCCGCUUCGUUUCUUCUAAACUUUGGCUGGCUUUUCAGUAACCUUAUUUUUUCUGUUUACCUGAGCAUGCCACCGCUCCACCGUGGUGAACUCUUCACAUCAAAAUCGCCCGACAAAAACGGAUCUCUUAUUGACGGCUUACACCGACGUGAACGCCAACUUAACAGCAUGCUUGCGUUCUGGGAACUUUUCAGAAUAUCAGUCGCACACCCAGAAAGACGCCGCGAACUUUUCACAGAUAUAGAUCCACGACCAGGCGCUUGGGAACGCAUACGGGUCGAGUGCAUGCAACUGUUGACUGAAAUUGAACAAAAUCUUAAGCCCAAAAACGACAAGAAAAAAAAACAAGAUACAAAUAAACCUGCGGCUCAGCCCAUUAUACCUACACAAACACUUCCAGGAGUGAUUGAAAUUAAGCAUACCAAUGUGUUUAGUCGUCCCGGUGCACCAGCCCACAGUGGCAUCCAAAGCGUUCAGGACCAAAAUGCAACCUCAUCGAAACGAGUUGUUGGGGCAGUAGAAUUGUAUGCUGCGCGCAUACGUGCAUACGUACGGACCACACCUAAAGCACUUGAGUUUGUGACACGAUCACGAUGGGGUGCAGCUCUUCGCAUCACGCUACGACGUAAAGCCCGCCGAAUUGUGCCCAAUCCCAGUCAAACAUGUGCCGGAGUGUAUGCUUUGGCAUAUCUGACGGUGCACUCGAGGGUUGAAGAUACAUAUGGGGUAGUUCAAAGUGGCAUUUCUGAAAUGCUUUCAGAGCUGGAUAUAGUGAGCACAGGGUUGGCCAAAUACAUGGCUAACCCGCCACGACACUGGUCUGAUAAACGAGGGGGGGCUCAAUCUAAGAAGGAAGGAAAUGAUGGUAGCAAUGGUGAGGAUGAUGAGGCGCUGAGUGAUUUAGUAAGAGUCAAGGAGGCUGUUGACGAUGCAUUUGGAAUGGUAGUGAGUGCAUUUUAUGCGAAUCUUGAUGAUCUGGGGUUGACACCAGUGGUGCGAAUGCGGAUUCGUGAGCUUACAAGUCGGCAGGUUUUAGAUUAA